AAUUAUUGAAGUUAAUAAAUAAAAAAGAUUUUUGUUUUACCAUCAAUUUUUAUUAGAAUCCACAUAAGAUUCGACCGAUGAUUGCAUAGAAGUACAUUUGUAAUUAAAACAAGUGAAGUAAAUUUAAUGUAAGAAUGACUUCGGUACUUCCGGAGGAAGAGAGUAACGUGACCCGACUGAAGCAAAAAUCACCAUUACACGGUUGCGGCGGCCGGUCAACGCAGGACGAGAGCCGCUCCUUUCUCAACUUCUCCCGUGAGAAUCUGAGUAUCUCGAAUUCAGACUUGGAACGCGGCUUCAACAGGACCUCGCGUCCCCGAUAUUGCAGCCGACAGUCCCUUCUCAGCUACGUGGCCCUCCUCCUGGCCGUCGGCUGCGUCUGCCUCGAGCUCUGGAAACUACGACGUGUGCUAACCGUCAGCCGGGACGUCGAGAGUCUUAAGAGGGACAUUGAAACACUGAAGCACCGAUUCCUCGAGAAAGAUCUGCUCGAUGAGCUCAAGGCUUUCGAGGAACAGUUGUAUGGCGAGGAUUUAAGCGAGGAAGACGAUUCGUCGUCGUCGUCGUCCACUCUAUCUUCGUCUAUCAAUAACGACUACGACUCAAGCUACGACGAGACGUCCUUAUCGCCAUGUACGUCUAUGUAUCACCAGGCGGUCACGUUUGCACCGAGGAAUCCAGCAACGAGCGAUAUCAGCACUACGUCCCCAACGACAAUGACGCCUUGCACGAGCAAAGACCUGGAGGAAAUGCUCGGGGUGUUGAGGCGAGCCGAGGUUGAACGCAGCAAAACUUUCGAGCAGAGCGUGCAGACGAAGGAAAUGCUCCAGAAUAAGGGGGAGGAUGAUGAGGGGGGAGCGCAUCAACAGGAUAGGAUGAUUGGCGAGCAUCAUACGACUGCCGAGGUCGAGAAGAGCAAGAGGCAAGCGCCAGGGGAAGAUAGGACGUGGAGAUGGGAUUUUCGCACAAAAUUGAGUGAACCAUGA